CGGGGCUGCUCUAGUGCGGGGCAGCGUGCGGCGGAGUGCGGCCGUGCCACAGUGCCAGAGCCAGGGAGCCAUGGGUUAGACAAUGACCGAGGAACCGCCGGACUACACUUCGAGCCUGCCCAGCCUGCAAUCCACCAUCAUCCCCACCAGCGAGUGCCUGCAGGUGCGGCGCUACUGGUGCUUCCUGCUCUCGAGCAUCGUCACCUUCCUCGCCGGGCUACUCAUAGUGCUGCUAUGGCGCGCCUUCGCCCUGCUGUGCUGCCGGAGCGAGCCCGAGCUGGGGCCCAACGACCCCAAGCAGAAGGAGCAGAAGGCCGCCCGCCAGAACAAGCAGGAGUUCGAGGGCAACUUCAUGACGGAGGCCAAGGACUGGGCGGGCGAACUCAUCUCUGGACAAACCACCACCGGACGCAUUUUGGUUGUUUUGGUGUUUAUUCUUAGCAUUGCUUCACUUAUCAUCUAUUUCAUUGACGCCUCAAGUUUGGAGGUGGAGAGGUGCCAAACAUGGAGCACCAACAUUACUCAACAAAUAGACUUAGCUUUCAAUAUAUUUUUUAUGGUGUACUUUUUUAUACGAUUUAUAGCAGCUAGUGACAAAUUCUGGUUCAUGCUGGAAAUGUACUCAUUUGUUGACUACUUUACAAUACCUCCCUCAUUUGUAUCAAUUUACCUUGAUAGAACAUGGAUAGGUCUACGUUUCCUUCGAGCGUUACGCUUGAUGACUGUGCCGGACAUUCUCCAGUACCUGAACAUCCUCAAGACGUCCAGUUCCAUUCGGCUGGCGCAACUUGUGUCCAUUUUCAUCUCAGUCUGGCUUACUGCGGCUGGGAUAAUUCAUUUGCUGGAGAACUCAGGGGACCCUCUGGACUUUGCUAACCCAUCUCAGCUGUCAUACUGGACAUGUGUGUACUUCCUUAUCGUGACCAUGUCAACAGUAGGAUAUGGUGACGUGUACUGUAACACAGUCCUCGGCAGGACGUUCCUCGUGUUCUUCCUCCUUGUCGGCUUGGCCAUAUUCGCAAGUUGUAUCCCCGAGAUUAUUGAUCUGAUCGGAACUAGAGCCAAAUAUGGAGGCACCCUGAAGAACGAGCGUGGUCGAAGACACAUAGUGGUGUGCGGGCAUAUCACUUACGAGUCCGUGUCGCAUUUCCUCAAAGACUUCCUACAUGAAGACAGAGAAGAUGUGGACGUCGAAGUCGUUUUCUUACACAGAAAGCCGCCGGACUUGGAGCUAGAAGGACUUUUCAAGAGACACUUCACGACAGUAGAGUUCUUCCAAGGCUCCAUAAUGAAUCCGAUAGACCUCCAGAGGGUCAAGGUGCACGAAGCAGAUGCUUGCCUUGUGCUGGCCAACAAAUACUGCCAGGACCCUGACGCAGAAGAUGCUGCAAACAUCAUGAGAGUUAUUUCCAUCAAAAACUAUUCAGAUGACAUUCGUGUCAUUAUCCAGCUGAUGCAGUACCAUAAUAAGGCAUAUCUGCUAAACAUUCCAUCCUGGGAUUGGAAGAGAGGAGAUGACGUCAUUUGCCUGGCCGAGCUCAAGUUAGGAUUCAUCGCGCAGAGCUGCUUAGCACCGGGUUUCUCCACGAUGAUGGCAAACUUGUUUGCUAUGCGUUCGUUUAAAACGGCCCACCUCGUCGCAGCGUCGAACAUGCAAAGCUGGCAAAAUGACUAUCUGAGGGGAACGGCCUUGGAGAUGUACACAGAGACGCUGAGUUCUUCAUUUCAGGGAAUGCCCUUCGCAGAGGCGUCUGAAUUGUGCUUUACGAAGCUCAAACUACUACUCCUUGCCAUUGAACUCAAAGGGGAGGAUGGCCAAGACAGCAAGAUUUCAAUCAACCCUCGAGGUGCCAAAAUUGCAGCGAACACCCAAGGCUUCUUCAUCGCACAAUCUGCCGAUGAAGUCAAGCGAGUGUGGUUUUACUGCAAAGCAUGCCACGAGAACAUUCGAGACGAGACCCUCAUCAAGAAGUGCAAGUGUAAAAACUAUGUUGGGAUGAUGAUGAUGCAGUCAGGAAUGGUGAAAACUGACCACUAUCACCUAGAGGUGGCGACGUUCCGGAAGGGAGUACGAGUGGUCCAGAUGGCAGGUCUCAGGCCAAGCGAGGACAACACGUAUGCAAAUGAGCACCAUCUGCCGCCCACCUUCACACCGCCAGAGCUGCCAAAGAAGGUUCACAUACGAGGUGAACAAGUAAAGGACCGCGAAGACGUUUCUCUGCUGGGCAAUAACCGGAACGGCCGCAGUGUCACCAACAACGCCCUGGUAAACUCGACCAAGCAGGUGAACAAGGUGAAGCCGACGGUGAACCGUGCCAACGAGGGCCUGACGUCACCGAGUCAGCAGGGCUACAAUAAGCUGGCUCAAGAGGACACUACAUAUUCCGGGUAUCAUCUGGCCUAUGAAGUGAAAAAACUCAUGCCCACCAGCAGAGGCACCAGCGGCGCCAGCAACACCAACGCCAACAACAACCUGCAGAUCGGCAUCGCCGACGACCAGGCCAAGGACUUCGACUUCGAGAAGACCGAGAUGAAGUACGACUCGACCGGCAUGUUCCACUGGAGCCCCGCCCGCAACCUAGAAGACUGCAUUUUGGACCGCAACCAGGCCGCCAUGACGGUGCUUAACGGGCACGUGGUGGUGUGCCUGUUCGCCGACCCCGACUCCCCGCUCAUCGGGCUGCGGAACCUCGUGAUGCCACUCCGCGCCUCCAACUUCCACUACCACGAGCUCAAGCACGUCGUCAUCGUCGGCUCCGUCGAGUACAUCCGGCGCGAGUGGAAGAUGCUGCAAAACCUGCCCAAGAUCUCCGUGCUCAAUGGGUCGCCUUUGUCGCGAGCGGACCUCCGCGCCGUCAACGUGAACCUGUGCGACAUGUGCGUCAUCCUGUCGGCCAAGGUGCCCAGCAACGACGACCCCACCCUGGCCGACAAGGAGGCCAUCCUGGCGUCCCUCAACAUCAAGGCCAUGACCUUCGACGACACCAUCGGCGUGCUCAGCCAGGCCAACAACGAGGAGGCGGCGCUGACGCCCGUGGGCAGCCCCAUCGUGCUGCAGCGGCGAGGGUCCGUGUACGGCGCCAACGUGCCCAUGAUCACCGAGCUGGUCAACGACACCAACGUGCAGUUCCUGGACCAGGACGACGACGACGACCCGGACACGGAGCUGUACCUCACGCAGCCCUUCGCGUGCGGCACGGCCUUCGCCGUCAGCGUGCUGGACUCGCUCAUGUCCACGACGUACUUCAACCAGAACGCCCUGACUCUCAUCCGGUCGCUCAUCACCGGAGGCGCCACUCCGGAGCUCGAGCUCAUCCUGGCCGAGGGCGCCGGACUCCGCGGCGGCUACAGCACCAUGGACAGCCUCUCAAACCGCGACCGCUGCCGCGUGGGGCAAGUGUCCCUGUUCGACGGGCCGCUGGCGCAGUUCGGCGAGUCCGGCAAAUACGGCGACCUGUUCGUGCUCGCCCUCAAGUCGUACGGCAUGCUGUGCAUCGGGCUGUACCGGUUCCGGGACACGAGCAACUCGUGUGACGCGUCCUCCAAGAGGUACGUCAUCACCAACCCGCCCGACGACUUCGCGCUCCUGCCUACGGACCAGGUGUUCGUGCUGAUGCAGUUCGACCCCGGUCUGGAGUACAAGCCAAACAGAGGCGCGCCCAGAGGGAAGGACGACAACUCCUGACUAUUGCUUUGUAGCGCCCUCACGGACGGCCCCUACUCCUACAUUUAAACGACCUCCAUCUGCGCACGCCCCAAUCAACUCCAUUUUUUGUAUCAUUUCUUUUCUAUUUUAUUUACACGUUUUAUUUUUUUCUUUCUUUUUCUUUUGUUUGCUCUUUCCCUUGCACCCCCUUCACCGGAAUGCACGCUACACUCGCCCAUGCUCUGGCCAGAGUCGGCAGUUCCAUUCUCAUGAAAACCUUCGGACUAUCGGAGACAUUGGUUGAAUAUCAACAGAUGACACAAAAAGUUUCACCAAUUGCCAAUUUCAUACUAAAAAUUCCUGUUUUUGUUAGAAAACAAAAUUAUUUUUAGUUUGCCACGUUCUACUUCCCCCUUGCUUUGAGUUGUUUUGGGACUAUACGUGCUGCAGGCGGUCGUGGGAGAGGUUCCGUCAGGCAAGAUCAUGGCGAGUCAAGAGCUGACAUCACCAGUGCCUCCAAUGGUAAACCUGGUGAAAUGUUCGCCCCAAGCUCGACUAGCUCGUGGUCUUCCCGAGAGGACGCUACGGUGGGCGUGUGACCCACCAAAACCCAAGGACUCUAUCUCUAUUCAGAGAAAACAAUGAAAAGAAGUUGUCUGACACUUUGUACAUAGACCAACGACUUAAGUAACGCAUCGAGUGUGUGUUUGUGCGCCUGUAUAUAUAGAAGUAAUGUGUGAUGAUGAGAUUUCAGAAUUUUACGUAGACUGUUGCUUGAAAGGUGUACAUAUUUUUUUUACAUGUUUGUUGUUUGAAUUUUCUACAUAAGAUAUGACCACAAACAAAUUAAGAGAUCAGAUCUGCGCAUUGUGUGUUCAGAUCCCCAUCCCUCUUUACAAAAAAAAAAACUAAAAAAAAACGAAGGAAAAAAUUACCUUACGGUAUGCUCAGAAUAGAAUUGUGCUUCAGUUUGGCAAAAGACAGAUUCCUCAUCCGUGUGGAAUUUCGGUUGACAUUACAAAAACACUGUUACAUUUGUAUUGUAAAGGUUAAUCAGGUAAUGAUUAAAUGCACAACUUAAAUAGUUAAAAUACUCCUUAAAAAAUGUGAUACCUUGAAAUUACUAAGGAAAAAUUUGCAAAGUAAUGUUAUAUUGUAUGUAGAAAGUUAACUGUUUUCACAUUAUUAAGGUUUACAAUUUGAUCUCUGGCUUUUAAAACUCCCAAGUUGGCUGCCUAUGACUCAUGUUGUGAUCAGUAAAAUUGGAAAUGUCUCCUGUAAAUGCAGUAGGACUCAACAGACAGCUUAUUUUAACCAAACUUUUGAAGCAAACUUGAAAUACGUAAACAAAUUAGAAAAUUUUGUCAAAAAGCUAGACAUUACAAAUUCCUGGAAAUAAAUUUAUUUAUUAUUGUUGACUAA